AUGGACAAAGGGGCCCUCGAUCGAGAGCGCUCCGAUGCGCGCCACAAUGCGCCCACGCGCUUUCUGUCGCGCAUUGUGGCACCGCGCUCGCAGGAAGAGCGGCGCGGGCCUCCAUUAGGCGAGACACGUGUGCCCUCGCCGCCGCCACCUCCUAGAGCAUAUCGUCGCGUGGCAUAUGGCGGCGCGGCGCCCGACAAAUUAGCGUUUAAGAGAUUGCCAUCAAUACGAGUACAAACUGUCCAAUCCAUUACGAACAAAUGGCGUUAUUUAAGAGCGCGGGAGCGUAAAUCUCACAACUUUCUGGCCAUAGAACAACCUAGAAGACCAUCAAACGGCGUC